AUGAGUCAACCUACUCAAGCUGAGAUAUUCGCCGCUCUCUCUGCACAAUCUUCAGGAUCUUUCAAACGAUCUCAACCACCAACUCAACCAUAUACGGCUUUCGACUCUGACUCGAACCCGAAAGAUCAAUUGACCACUUCACAGAAUGGGAAGAUCAUGAAUAGCAAGAGGAUAUAUUGUCCUAGGGAAGGUUGUGGUAGUGUCAUAUUGCUGGACGGUAUAGGUGAAUGGGUAGAAGUUGAGGGUAGUAUUCUACCCGACGACCCCACUUCCCCCUUUCCUUCCUCGUCCUCGCCUCACGCAUACUGGUCUAUUCCUUCAGGACCAUUCGCAUUCGAAAACAUCGGAUUCUCUCGUCCCGAUAUAUCGAAUCCUCUACCUGCGUUCACACCGAAAGACGUUCCAGGUCAAGGUAAAGUCAAAUGGUUGAUUUGUGCAGAAUGUGAUUUGGGUCCUUUGGGUUGGAGCUACGAAGGUGGUAAAGGUGCUUGGCUGGAUAUCAAACGUCUGAGAUAUGGUGAGAAGAAAUAG